AUGAUAUCUGCUUUUGCUGAGAGAUGGCACACAGAGACUAGUUCAUUUCACCUGCCAUUCGGUGAAAUGACUAUUACUCUUGACGGCGUCAGGGGUCUUUUGAGCAUCCCGUGUACUGGAGAUUUUUUCACACCUCCCGCAAAUGUCAAUGAAGAUUUGGCAAUUGCUGCUGUUGUUGAGUUGUUGGGGGUUACAUAUGAUGAAGCUGUCAUUGAGACUAGGACCAAUAGAGGGGCAUCAUAUAGUUUUGAGUGGUUGAAAGAGGUAUUUUUUAAGAAACUUCAUGAACGAAGAAAUGACUGUGCAGCUAGGGCAUAUCUACUUCAUUUGGUAGGAUGUACCAUUCUUGCAGAUAAAAGUUUUACACUUGUAUCUGCAAAAUAUCUCUUUCUGUUUCAAGAUCUUGAUAGUUGUGGUAAAUGGGCAUGGGGACCGGCUGCACUUGUUGUGCUAUAUGACUAUCUUAGAGAUAGUACAUUGCCUGCAACCAAACAGAUUGGAGGAUAUUUAUCUUUAUUUCAGACUUGGAUUUAUGAACAUUUUCUUGAUAUUUGUAAAUGGGAUAUGGAUAAACAUAUUUCCUCGAUGCCACGGAUGUUUCGUUGGACUGCAAAACAAACAUCUGGGAAUGUUGCAUAUUACAGGGCAAAGUUGGAUGCUUUGAGGGAAUACAGAUAUUAUUUGGGCACCAGAUUACGAUGA